AUGAGCAAGCCAGUUGUACUAAGAUUAGGAGCUAUUAAAUACGCCCAGGAAGCGUGGGAGAAACUUGGGCAAAUUGCCCAAGUGAUAACCGUCGAGGAAAACAGCACCAGAGCGGAUUUCAUCAAGGCAAUCAAGGACCCUAAAAGUCCAAUUUUCAAGACCCAGGUCAUAGGCAGAACUUUUGCCAGUGUGGCCAACACAGGCCGUUUCGAUGCAGAGCUAGCACAGGCCUUGCCAGCUACUGUGGCAGCCGUGUGUCAUAACGGAGCCGGCUACGACCAGAUCGAUGUGGCCGAGUUCGCUGCAAAACACAUCCAGGUGUCUAAUGUGCCUGAAUUGGUCAACAACGCUACAGCUGACACCCACGUUUUCUUGCUUCUGGGAGCACUGCGCAACUUCGAGCACGGCCAUAGACUAAUGCUCGAGCACAAAUGGUCUUCUUCGGGAGGAGCAGCAGGAGCUCCUAUUGGCCACGAUCCAGAAGGAAAAACCGUCGGGAUCUUAGGCUUAGGAGGCAUUGGCCGUGCCAUCGUCGAAAGACUCAAGCCUUUUGGCUUCAAAAGAUUUGUCUACCACAACCGGAAGAGAUUGGCUCCAGAACUCGAAAAUGGAUGCGAGUACGUUUCGUUUGACGAGCUUUUGAAGGUUUCAGAUGUGGUGUCCAUCAACAUCCCAUUGAACGCCAAGACCCGCCACAUUGUCGAUGCCAAGGCCAUAAGCCAGAUGAAGGAUGGCGUGGUGAUUGUAAACACAGCCCGUGGAGCGGUAAUUGACGAAAAAGCCUUGAUUGCUGCUUUGAAAUCCGGGAAAGUCAGAUCUGCCGGUUUAGACGUAUACGAGCACGAACCUGAGGUGCCCCAGGAACUACUCGAUUUGCCUAACGUCUGCGGCGUUCCUCACAUGGGUACACACACGGUCGAAACCGUCAAGAAAAUGGAAGAGUUUGUGGUGAAGAACAUUGAGUCCGUGAUAAAAACAGGCAAAGUGAUUUCGGUAGUACCCGAGCUCCAAUCUGAAGCAUGGGUCGAUGAGCAAAAGCCGUUGUAG